CCUGGCGCUCUGAAUGCUAGUCUGUGGCUGUGUCUGAUCGAGCGGUGUGUGUCGCAGACAGCAGUGAUGGUGAGUGUCGUGCAGGGCUGGAUGUCACGGCUGCUGUCUCCGCUGUGGCGCCGGGCGCAGGAGCUCGAUGAGCGGCGAGAGGAUCCACGCUUCGACGGUGAGGCUCAGAUCCGGCAGGUGCAGACAGGUGUGGUGACUCAUCUGUGUGUGGAUUACGGCCUGAUCGAUCACAGCGUGUAUUUCACAUCAGGAGAGGUGCUAGGAGGAGUCGUGCUGUGUGUGGGAGACUCGGUGCAGGCGCUGGCCGUGCGGGACGGAGCCCACGGACACUGGAGGGCACUCAGGGUGGAGCGGCACAAGGACGCCUGGGACAGCGCAGGAUCAGAGACGCUUGCUCUGGAGUCUGACAAACUCCGGCCUCUGAUUGGAACAGUGACGUCAUGUGAUCGAGAUGGAGGAUACAUCAACCAGACGACAUAUUUCCCACGAUCAGCUCUCUGUGAAGGGUUCGAGCCGGUGAAGGGCGACUGGGUUCUGGCGCAGUAUUUCGUCUGUCCAUCAGAAUGGAGCAGUCAGGCUCGAGCUGUUUCUCCGCUGAGAUACCGGCGCAUGGACGGGGUCACUGUGAGUGUGCUGCACGGCCGCAGCGGUGUCGUGGAGGACAGUGUGUUCUUCUGUCUGGACUCUCUGAUCGUGCCGCCGGGCUUCAGACCCGCUCGUGGAGAUGUGGUGAAUGUGGUGGUGGUGGAGAGCAGUCAGUCGCUGUACUGCUGGAGAGCUCUGUGUAUGACGCCCGUCCAGCGCAGUGGAGACGCCUCGGGGGUCAGUAUGCCAGACGAUGAGGUGCAGAGAUUGCUGGAGAAUAAGGGAGGGCUCCAGGUCAGCCAGGAAAGCCACUUCGGCUCUCUGUUACUGGGAGAACGCAAGGAGCUGCAGAUCUGGAUCCAGAACAGCGGCUCUGAGCGCCAGCGACUGAAAUGCUGUGAGCUCGCCGGAUGGGACUCGGCUCAGCAGUUCUGCCUGAGAUCGGUGUUUCUGAAGGACAGAGCUGCAGGACGCCCAGCGGAGGACGGUAAUGAUGACGAGACGGAGCAGAUGCUGGAGAUGAAGCCUGGGGAGAGAGCGUCUGUGAGCGUCUGCUGUCAGGCCAGGACUCUGGGUCGCUCCUCGGAGCUGCUGCUCCUGCACUUCUCCUCCUUCAGCAUCGGGAGACGUCUGGAGGUGUGUGUGAGCAGCACAGAGGAGAGUCUCCUCAAACCCAGCGCCCCGUACACCGCUCCAUCAGCUCCACCACAGCAGCAGCAUCCGCCCCUGCAGGUGCUCACAGUCACCGCCCCGCCGGCACCCAUCAGACUUGCACGGCGUCAUCUCCCAAACUUCCUGGGGAACUACAGUGUUCCUCCGGCUCUCAGAGAUUGUGUGGAGGGUCAGAGAGACGUCCUGAUCGCACAGCCGGCUCUGGCCGAGCCGUUGAGUCUGUCGUGGAUGCUGCCGCGGUUCUCGGCUCUGCUGUGGCUGGAGGAGCUUCAGGCCGAGAGCGAGAUCCGAGAGUUCAGUCUCACCGGCGCCAUCCUCAGGAGAGGAGCGGUGUAUCUGCACCUGGAGGUGCCAGGCCUCGCCGAGGGCCGGCCCAGUCUCUUCAUCGGUGAUAAAGUUGUUCUGAAGAAGCCCUGCAGUGGAGGAACUGUGAUUGAGUACAUCUGUUAUGUGAUGGAGAUCAGUGACGAGGACGUGAGUUUACGAGUGAACGCUGAAUUUCAGAACAACUACCUCGGAGAACCUCUGGACGUGGAGUUCACCUUCAACAGGCUGACCAUGAGGAGGUGCCACUGUGCUCUGGAGCAGAGCAAACACUUCGGAGACAACAUUCUGUUUCCCAGCAUGCUCUUGCUGCAGCCGCCUCAGUGGAGCGGAGAGUGGAGUGAAGAGGAUCUUCAGGAGGAGGAGAGUGAAGCCGGCUCGUCCACACGGACCGCAGAGAUGGUGUCUGUGGCCACACAAACUAAACCAGAUUUGACACUGACCGCGAAACGCGUCCCAAACCCUGGCCAGUUCUUCAACGCUCAGCUGAAUCCGGCGCAGAGAGAGGCGGUCCGGCGGAUCCUGGAUGGAGAGUGUCGUCCCACACCAUACGUUCUGUUCGGGCCUCCUGGCACCGGGAAAACCAUCACACUCAUAGAAGCCGUCUUACAGGUGCAUCACCGCAUCCCCUGCAGUCGUGUGCUGGUGUGUACUCCCUCUAACAGUGCGGCGGAUCUGGUCUGCUUGCGUCUGCAUCAGAGCGGUUUCCUGCACACAGCCAGUCUGGCUCGGGUCAACGCCACCUGCAGGCCAGAAGAGUCCAUGCCGGAGGAUCUGCGUCAGUACUCCAGAGCUGGAGAAGACAUCAGACACGCCAGCUUCCAUCGCAUCGUGGUGUCCACCUGCUCCAGCGCUGGCAUGUUCUACCAGAUCGGCCUGCGUGUCGGACACUUCACCCAUGUGUUUGUGGACGAGGCCGGUCAGGCCACCGAGCCCGAGGCGCUCAUCCCUCUGAGUCUGCUGUCAGAGACGAGUGGACAGAUGGUGCUGGCCGGAGACCCGAAGCAGCUGGGGCCGGUGGUGAAGUCCAAGCUGGCCGCUGUGUUUGGACUCGGUGUGUCUCUGCUGGAGAGGCUGAUGGGAAGAGCGCUCUACAGCUGUGGCGAGAGCGGAUACAACCCCCUGCUGGUGACGAAGCUGGUGUAUAACUACCGCUCCCAUGAGGCUCUGCUGGAGCUGCCGUCACGCCUCUUUUACUCCGGAGAGCUGUGUGUCCGCUCGCAGAGGACCGUCGUGGAUGCACUCUGUCACUGGAACAGGCUUCCCACCAAGGGCUUCCCCUUCAUCUUCCACGGCGUCCGGGGGACGGAGAUGAGAGAGGGCAACAAUCCGUCGUGGUUCAAUCCCGCUGAAGCGGUUCAAGUCAUGAUGUACUGCUGCCAGCUGGCGAAGAGACUGUACAACCCCAUCGCAGCGACAGACAUCGGCGUCAUCGCUCCGUAUAAGAAACAGGUGGAGAAGAUCCGCGUGCUGCUGCACCGAGUGGGUCUGGGAGAGGUCAAGGUGGGGUCAGUGGAGGAGUUCCAGGGCCAGGAGUUCCUCAUCAUCAUCAUCUCUACGGUCCGAUCCAACGAGUCCUUGCUGAAUGAAGAACUGCAAAGCAUGCUGGGAUUCCUCUCCAACCCGAAGCGUUUCAACGUCGCCAUCACACGAGCCAAAGCGCUGCUCAUCGUGAUCGGAAACCCUCACGUUUUAAUCAAGGACCCGUGUUUCGGCGCUCUGCUGCAGUACUCGUAUGAUAACCGAGCGUUCCUGGGCUGUGAUCCUCCGGUCAGUCUGCAGGCUUCGCCAAGGAUUCUUUCUGAAGAAAGUUAGACGCUUCUUGGAUCAGCACAGUGUUUUGAUUAUUCCACGAUUGUUCUGCGUUAAAUAAAUAAUAAUUCUGUUCUCCAGCCACUUUAUUAGCUCCCUGAAGAACCGCUCUGAAGCUGGAGAGAGCCAGCGUUUACUUCUCU